AUGUUUGUGGCUAUUUGGUGUGUUUUCAUUGUUAUUUUAAAUUCACUUUUGGGUGCUGUACUAAUAUCGCCCCGAAUAAACGGGGGCCAAGAUGCUGAAAUUACUCAAUUUCCAUUUAUGGCAUCGUUGCGGGAAUUACGUGGUUACAAUCAAUAUAAACAUCUGUGUGGAUCUGUAAUCAUUUCUCAACGAUAUUUGCUGACCGUGGCACAAUGUUUUUCGUCAGAACAAGUGAAUUGGUUUGGCAUAGCAGCUGGAACGAGUAAAAAAAACGAAGAUGUGUUUAUUCACAGAAUCAGACGUGUUGCUACACACGAAAAGUACGAUGCAUUCGUUGCGCCCUUCAUGCAUGAUAUCGCACUUAUUGAACUUGAGCAACCAUUGACAUUGAGCGAACGGAUCAAUGUAAUUUCAUUGAAUACUACAUUUUACGAAGGUCAUUUAGAUGCUGUUACUUUGGGAUUUGGAGGUGUUUAUGACAAUAUCGCCAAAUUGCAAUCAAUUAAAAUGAAAACCAUGACAAAUCCGGAAUGUCGAAGCAAGGUUGGAAAAGAUAAUCAAGUCUAUGAUUUUGGUAUUCUAUGCGCUUAUUCGGGGGAUGUAAAAAGACGAAUUGGUCACGGUGAUGCUGGUGGUCCGCUAGUGCAUCAAAAUAAGCUGAUUGGUCUGAUUUCAUGGAAUCCAAAAGUUGUUGGCAGUGAUAAGCCGGAAGGAUUUACACGCAUCAGUAGUUAUAAUGAAUGGAUCGCGAAGCACAUGAAAUGAAAUCAAUUUGAACGGUAUUAGAAACGACAUUUUUUUUACUCAAGACACUUUUACUUUCAUAUUGAAUUAAAUUAUGGAGACGAAAUAAAGUUUUACGUAAAAA